CUUUGGAAAGAGGCGCUCUCUCUGAGGACUCAGGAGGGGAUGGAGCGAUGUUCUAUGGGUUGGCAGGAGGCAAGGGAGACAGGUAGCCAGAGUAAGGACAGAACCCUUGGCCCCUAGUUAGCACCGGAUCACCCCAGGUUCCGCUCGCUGCCUCUUAUGUACGUACAUGGGUGCUUUUUUUGACGCUGGCUCCAGGCUUUUUUGAUUGGGGAGGCAGCGCGCCAGGGAGUGGGAGGAGGUGUUUUGAUAAAGUAGGAGAGAUGUCAGGACCCGGUAUACCAAAGUUCAAGCUCUAUGCGCCUUCUCUGAGGCUCUGAGUGCGCCGUAGGAUGCAAACAGCGAGAACCAGCCCAAGCCUCCGCGCCCUUCACUACACUCGGCAUCAGGCUCAGAUGCAGAGGAGGUAAUCUGCUCUGGACGUGUUCUGCAAUAUAGCUCAGGAGUCGGCUCACGCCCCAGACAGAGCAGCUGUUGGCUCUUACCCAAGACUCUGAGAAUGUCCGCAUAGACCCGAGCAGCCUGUCCUUCGGGAUGUGGAAGGAGAUCCCCGUCCCUUUCUACUUGUCUGUCUACUUCUUCGAAGUGGUCAACCCAAACGAGGUCCUCAACGGCCAGAAGCCAGUAGUCCGGGAGCGUGGACCCUAUGUCUACAGGGAGUUCAGACAAAAGGUCAACAUCACCUUCAAUGACAACGACACCGUGUCCUUCGUGGAGAACCGCAGCCUCCAUUUCCAGCCUGACAAGUCGCAUGGCUCAGAGAGUGACUACAUUGUACUGCCUAACAUCUUGGUCCUGGGGGGCUCGAUAUUGAUGGAGAGCAAGCCUGUGAGCCUGAAGCUGAUGAUGACCUUGGCGCUGGUCACCAUGGGCCAGCGUGCUUUUAUGAACCGCACAGUUGGUGAGAUCCUGUGGGGCUAUGACGAUCCCUUCGUGCAUUUUCUCAACACGUACCUCCCAGACAUGCUUCCCAUAAAGGGCAAAUUUGGCCUGUUUGUUGGGAUGAACAACUCGAAUUCUGGGGUCUUCACUGUCUUCACGGGCGUCCAGAAUUUCAGCAGGAUCCAUCUGGUGGACAAAUGGAACGGACUCAGCAAGAUCGAUUAUUGGCAUUCAGAGCAGUGUAACAUGAUCAAUGGGACUUCCGGGCAGAUGUGGGCACCCUUCAUGACACCCGAAUCCUCGCUGGAAUUCUUCAGCCCGGAGGCAUGCAGGUCCAUGAAGCUGACCUACAACGAAUCAAGGGUGUUUGAAGGCAUUCCCACGUAUCGCUUCACGGCCCCCGAUACUCUGUUUGCCAACGGGUCCGUCUACCCACCCAACGAAGGCUUCUGCCCAUGCCGAGAGUCUGGCAUUCAGAAUGUCAGCACCUGCAGGUUUGGUGCGCCUCUGUUUCUCUCCCACCCCCACUUUUACAACGCCGACCCUGUGUUGUCAGAAGCUGUUCUUGGUCUGAACCCUAACCCAAAGGAGCAUUCCUUGUUCCUAGACAUCCAUCCGGUCACUGGGAUCCCCAUGAACUGUUCUGUGAAGAUGCAGCUGAGCCUCUACAUCAAAUCUGUCAAGGGCAUCGGGCAAACAGGGAAGAUCGAGCCAGUAGUUCUGCCGUUGCUGUGGUUCGAACAGAGCGGAGCAAUGGGUGGCAAGCCCCUGAGCACGUUCUACACGCAGCUGGUGCUGAUGCCCCAGGUUCUUCACUACGCGCAGUAUGUGCUGCUGGGGCUUGGAGGCCUCCUGUUGCUGGUGCCCAUCAUCUGCCAACUGCGCAGCCAGGGUCCUGAAGACACUAUAAGCCCCCCAAACCUGAUAGCUUGGUCAGACCAGCCACCCAGUCCCUACACCCCGCUUCUUGAGGACUCUCUCAGCGGACAGCCCACCAGUGCCAUGGCCUGAGCCCCCAGAUGUCACACCUGUCCGCACGCACGGCACAUGGAUGCCCACGCAUGUGCAAAAACAACUCAGGGACCAGGGACAGACCUGCUGCCAAGUGAGCCUGAUGGGCCACAGGUGUGCUCUUCUAAAUGGCCUGUGAGCCAGGCUGUGGGAACUCUAGCUGCUGUCAGCCCCUCCUGUAGGAGCUGGCCCUGCCCAGGCUCCUGACUUCCCUCAGGAAGUCUUUCUGUCUUUCUCCAUCAGUCUGAAAGCCUUAGUUCCCACAGAGGACGGAUCUGUCACUCCUAGGGGCUGGGCAUAUGUCGGCCUCUUGUGCCAAGGCCAGGCAAGCAGCUCCAGGUCCUGACCAGUUUGCACACACACUCUGGAGCUGUAUCUGGCGCUUUUUCUAUCGUCUCUGCUAUGUCACUGAAUUAACCACUGUACGUGGCAGAGGUGGCAGGCCCCUCAGGGUCCUUAUUUUUCAGGCAUGGGGUCAAAGCUAGAGGUAUGGGCCGUCUACACCCCCCCGCCCCCCGGCAUCUAGUGUACCUCACCAGAGGGUAUUCGGAGGCCCAGCAUCCUGCAACCGACCCCUUUUUUCUACUGGAAGAGAAAUUUUAUCAUCUUUUGAAAGGAAGUCAUGACUGAAGCAAUAAACCUUUUCACUGAUUCAACAA